UCCGACUCCCUUGCUAAGUUGCCUAAGCAGCUAGCGAGUGCGAAACAAAGAUUUAACUUAAUUUUGGUUCAUAUUGCGAAUGUUUUGCGCAUUUAACACCCAGAAUGAGAGCUAUGAAUUUCUCCGCUAGUCGGACGCGCCGCCGAACUGCCAUAAAGUUCUUGUUGGCUCACUCGUCAGAACGAUGGCGAGCACGACGGCAACCGCGACAGCUCCGCGCGCUACGAAGAAACGCCGCAAUCGACGCUACUGUUGCGUUGUAAAUUGCCAUGAACGUGAAGGACUGAACAACAACGUUCAGUUUUACCGAUUUCCGUCGCGGUCGUAUGAAGUAGAAAGGCGAGAGCGCUGGAUACGGGCCGCUCAACGUGUUGGCCCUGACGGGGGACUAUGGCAACCAAGCGAGAACUCAAGAAUCUGCAGCCGCCCCUUCGUUGGCAACAUAAUAAACAAAGUUGUGAACCAUCCUGCGUAUGUGCCAUCGAUAUUUCUACCUGUUUACACACGUCCGCCUCUACUUGACUCAGCAAGUGGAACGGAGAGAUUUGGCAGGUCAGUUUAACCAAACAUUUUGGUUCCUUUAUGAAUUCAAAAUCGUGUUCUAGGGCAUUGUGGUAUCGCGAGCUCAUUUCUUGUUUCGGCUUUUCCGAUACAACGAGCACGUUUCGCAAUGCACUGAGCCCUCUUGACAGUGUUUUUUUUUUUUUUUUUUAAUCUGAGCAAUAAAGUUGCUGUGGGAGCACUGGAUGAG